AUGAACCAGAUGAAUGUCGGGAUGAACCCCGGGGCUGGUGGCCCUGUGGGUGGAGUUCCAAUGAUCAACAACGGAUCCACGGCUUCUCGUAACGACGGCACUAUGAACAACCCCGACAUGAUGAUCACCAACCUCAACACCUAUAUCUAUGAUUACUUUUUGAAGCGUGGGUACCAUGAUUGCGCCCGCGCACUCAUGCAGGACGAGUCUAUCAAGCUCAACACCGACAAUAACCCCAAGUCAAGUCCCGGAAAUCGGCGUGAUGGCGAUGUCAAUGGCAUGGACCCCGACGCUAUGAUGACGGACGGAAAGGACGGCGAAAAGGUCAAAAUUCCAGAUGAUCUCCCUCGUCCAAAUAUCCCCACCGAAAGUCCCUCAUCCUUCCUUCUCGAUUGGUUCAGUCUCUUCUGGGACUUCUUCUGGGCUCAACGCAAGAAGGGAAAUAGCAGUGAUAUCAGGCAAUAUCUUCAUCACAAUCAGCAUUUCAUGCGUAUGCGAGAACAGCAGCACAACCAAUUUCUGCGGCAGCAGCCCAUGAUGCCCGGCCAGAUGAACCAGCUGCGGAGACAAAAUGGCAUGGUGCCUCCUAACCUGCAGAAAACAGUGCUGCAGAACAAUACGACUGGACUGUAUGCUCUAUCUGAAUAUGCUUUCCCCCAUGCGAAGUCUGGAAUUGGGGGUGAACGUUGUACUGAUAAGAUUGUUUCUAGCACGCAACAACAACAACAAAUGGCGCAGUAUCAAAAGACCCAGCAGCUGCAAAUGAUACAGCAGAUGCAGCGGGAACACUCUGAUCUCGAGAUGGGUGGACAUCGACCACAAUCACCCGCGUCUGCCGAGAACGCCCCCUCGCCGUCGAAACGCCCACGUCUUGAAGGCGCUGUCAACGGACAGCAGCUCGCACCGAACGGCCGUGGACAGGGGCAAGGAAUGCCAGGACAGCCCAACCCGCAGGCUAUGAUGAUGCAAAAUGGUAUUCCAAGGGGGAUGAACCCGGCGCAAUUCCAGCAUUUCCAGCAACACGGACAAGCUGCGCAACAGAAAUCUAUGCAGGUAUAUGCUCAAAACUUGGCCCUUCAUCACUCUCGCUCAGCAUCAAAUUCCCAGGGUAUCCCAAAUGGUGGCAUGAUGAAUGCCAGUGUCAUGGCAAAUCAGACGGAUCUGGUACCAAUGCAGGACGGCCAAGCAAUGUACCCCAUGGCUGGUGGUCCUGAAUUCUACGGCUCGAAUGGCCAACUUGGCCAGGUCCGACCUGGUGGUAUGCCGACACCUGGCGGCGCCCAAAAUGGCAACCAUGCUCUCCAAGAUUAUCAGAUGCAGCUUAUGCUGCUUGAACAGCAAAAUAAGCGGCGCUUGAUGAUGGCUCGUCAAGAGCAGGAUAGCAUGGCCCGUGCUGAUGGCCAACCCCCGAUGCCCGGUCAGGGUGCUUUGCCACCAGGCACCUCGCCAGGCAGUAGGGCGGGUGCGUCUCCCAAUCCCAGCGACCAAAUGAAACGCGGCACUCCUAAGAUGCCCCCGACUGGUCUUCCAGGUUCGCCUAGCGCCGGUGAUAUGUCCCAGCGUGGAUCACCUGGCUCCAUGAAUCUCAACGGCGGGCCAAUCCCGCCAGAGAUGGCAGCUCAGUUCUUCUCAGCACCGAAUAUGCGACCUCCCAGCUCUAAUCCCAACUUCACUGGAGCUCAAAUGGGCCAGCCAAUUCCGGCCAAUGCCGGUCAACGUAUGCCUGGUGCACAAUGGCAGCCAGGACAGCCGCAGAUGCCUCCGCAACAUUCGCCUGCGAACCAACCCCAGGCUGGAACCCCGCAGGAACGAGGCGCGAUGCCCCCUCCACCCCAGGCUACCAAGGCUGCGCCAAAGGGCAAGAAGGACACCAAGGACACCACCCGCAAGCGGCCCAAUAAGAAGCAAGCUGCUGCUGCUGCCAGUGCGGCUGCAGGUGCCACACCCUCGACAGAAGCUGCUGAGCCCCCGACACCAUCUACCCCCGUCACGCCGCAGCAUCCUGCCUCCUUCAACAAUAAGAAUGGGGCGAAUGGGGCGAACGGGCCAGCUCCGCCAAUACAGCCCACUGCGGCACCUGCUCCUCAGACUAUGGUUCAGCCGCCUCCUGACCAGCAGCAAUCCUUCACUGACCUCAGUAUUCCCGAUGCCUCCGCAUUCAAUCUUGACUUCAGCACUCUGGAAGACCCAAACAUUUUGGAGAACUUUGACUUUGACACAUUCCUCAAUACCGAUGCCGACGCUACCGGGUUCGGAUUCGACCCUAGCAUAUCCUACUCGGCGGAUGGCGUUGAGACAGGUGCCGGUGACGGCCUGUGA